AUGUUUCCAGAUAGACGUUACCCUGACGAGAUCGUCUAUCCAGGUGUCCGCUGUGUGGAACAAGGGGUCUUCCCACACCCAAGAGACUGUGCUUGGUUCUACAGGUGUGUGAGGAGCACACCAAGAGGAUUCUUCCGGAUCCAAUACUUCGGCUGUGCCGCUGGUACUGUCUUCUCUGAAGACUUGAAGCAGUGUAUCUUCCCUCACUUGGUCCGUCCACCCUGUGGCACUUACCUCGGGCCACCAGGACCACUCACCUGGCCCACACCAAGACCAGUGACUAGGCCCACCCCAAGACCAGUUACUAGACCCACACCAAGACCAGUGACUAGGCCCACCCCAAGACCAGUUACCAGACCCACACCAAGACCAGUUACUAGACCCACACCAAGACCAGUUACUAGACCCACAUCAGAACCAGUCACUUGGCCCAAACCAAGACCAGUGACCAGGCCCACACCAAAACCAGUUACUAGACCCACACCGAGACCAAUCACCUGGCCCACCCAAAGACCAGUUACUAAACCCACACCAAGACCAGUUACUAGACCCAUACAUACAAGACCCACACCUGGACCAGGCACUACACCCAUACUUGAACCACACACAAGACCCACACCUGAACCACACACAAGACCCACACCUGAACCACACACAAGACCCACACCUGAACCACACACAAGACCCACACCUGAACCACACACAAGACCCACACCUGAACCACACACAAGACCCACACCCCGAACCACACACAAGACCCACACAUAGACCACAUACAAGACCCACACCUGGACCAGGCACUAGACCCACACUUGAACCACACUCACCACCCACACCUGAACCACACCCAAGACCCAAACCUGGACCAGACACCCAGCCCACACCUGGAGCAGACUCCAAGCCCACACCUGGAGCAGACUCCAAGCCCACACCAGGAGCAGACUCUCAGCCCAAACCAGGAGCAGACUCUCAUCCCACACCAGGAGCAGACUCUCAGCCCACACCAGGAGCAGACUCCCAGCCCAAACCAGGAGCAGACUCUCAUCCCACACCAGGAGCAGACUCUCAUCCC